GACAGAGGUGGCCUCGAAAAGAUUAGGUAGUUCUUUGCGUCAGAAUAGUGUACCAAUAAAUGAUAAAUGUGAAUUUUAGUUAUUGGUAAUAUUAUAUAUUACAUUAAGUUGAUUAUUGUUUUAAAGUAUAAAACGCGCAAUAAUUAAAAUAAGAAUUAAUGACGAAUUUUGAGUAAUAUAUAUAAUAAUAGUACAUUACGUAGAUCAAAUUUUUUAUAAUUUAACAAAGCGAGUUAUGGCAUUGCCAUUACCUAUACCUCCUUGUGCUAAACGGGAUGGCCUCAGCGUUUUAGGUUGUGACCGGUUCGAAUAUGCAAGCACUAUGGCUACAACUUUAUUAGCACCGGUUAAAACUGAACGCGAGAUCCUUGAACAUUCUAUGUCCGAAGAUGAUCCAAACGCUAAUACUCAGCUUCCAAGCGAGGUUGGUAAACAACCCCGAUGGGGUCCGCGACACCGAGGAGCCCAGGAACUAGCCGAAUUAUAUAGUCCAGGCAAAAGAUUACAAGAAUGGGUAUGCGUGGUGGUUUGUUGCACAUUAUGUGCCAGUGCAGGCAUCCUAAUGGCCAGAUACAUCAGAGCUGAUGCUUCAUUGUUAUUGGCGGCGAUAGCUGGUGUCUUAACAGCAGAUUUUGCUUCAGGAGUAGUGCACUGGGCUGCUGACACUUGGGGAGCAGUUGAUCUACCUCUUAUAGGCAAAAAUUUCCUGAGACCAUUCCGAGAGCAUCACAUUGAUCCUACAUCAAUAACUCGUCACGAUUUCAUUGAAACAAAUGGGGAUAAUUUUGCUAUUACAAUACCAGUACUCGCACGAAUUGUCUGGCAAUUAGUCACUUACGAAAAUCAAAAAGUUGAAGAUCAGUUUCAUUGGAUUGCCUACUGGUACUUGUGUUGUAUCUUCGUAGCGAUGACCAAUCAGAUACACAAAUGGUCACAUACUUACUUUGGAUUGCCGACAUGGGUUGUGUGGCUGCAGGAGUGGCACAUAGUGUUGCCGCGCCGCCACCACAGAAUUCAUCACGUCGCGCCGCACGAGACUUACUUUUGCAUCACCACUGGAUGGCUCAACUGGCCUUUAGAAAAGCUACACUUUUGGUCCACGUUGGAAGCUAUCAUUGAAGCGUUGACUGGGUGUAAACCCCGAGCUGAUGAUAUGAAGUGGGCACAGAAACGUUCCUAGAAAAUAACUGUCCGUCAGGUUUUUUACUUACACUCGUCCACAUCAACCAAAUCAAUUAAAAAAUGUAGGUUAAAUAUUUUGCUAUAUUGCUUGAAUCACACGCCAAGCACUUGACGGUUGUUCGUCCGCUACUUAGAACGGGUUAGUUAUUGAUUUUCGUAGCAAGAUUAUCAUAUUAUUUAUGUAUCAUAUAUUUUUUAUUGGUGUAAACUCGCAACCUUCUGUAGAGUUGAACUACAGACUAGUCGGAAUAAUCUACAUGCAGCAUUAAUUUACGUGUUACAAAAUCAUUAACGUAGGUUAUUGUUGUGUUUAAAUUAAUUUGUGUGUAUGGAAAUUUGAAAAGCGCGACACCCUUAAAGAUAUUUGGAACUAAAAUACGGCAGCAUCAACAUAAUGCGCAUGUAACUACAAAAAGUAAAUUACGUAACCCUGGUAACGGUAACAUUAAAAUGUAUGGGAAUCAGCAGGACGGAAUUCAUUUUUUGAUAUAUAUGAUUGUCAAACAAUUAUCGAACAAAUACGGAAAGGUCAAGUUACUUGAUAUGAAUAGUAUACGAUAAUGCGUUUAUUUUCCCUAGGAAAACUGAUAUGGGCUCAUCGUGAAGUUUUUAUUGUGUUGUAUUUGGCACUACUUUACCUUAAAUUGUUAGUCAUUGAAUGUAAAAUUGGUUAGAACUAUUAUUACUUUCUUUUUAUUUGAAGUAACUACACCAUUAAUGAGUAGUCACCGGACUACUUAGUUAGCUACUGAAAAUUGAAAUUUAGCGAAGAAGCUCGAAAACAUACAUGGUAUAUUAUAGCAGAUGUAAAAUAUCCAUAAUAAAAUAAUGCUUUUCAA